CUGAGGGAACCCGAUUGGAGGUGCGAGAGAGGAAGAGGGUCGAUCGUGAUGGCCACCACGCCUAUCCUAGUAACCGAGACCUGCAGCGCUCCGGAUAGCACAAAAGAACUGCUGAUCUCCAUAAUAGAGGAGAGAAAGAGCAAGCUUCAGAUAAGCGAGGCGCCGGAACCCCUCCGCAAGCCUCAGAUCUGCAAGGCCCCUGAGCUCCUCCGCAAGGACGAGAAGAGCGCCAAGUCUUUCGACCCCGAGGUGGUGGCCAUCGGCCCCUACCACCGCGGCAGGGCCCAUCUCGUGCCAGCGGAAGACCACAAGCGAACCGCAGCAGUCAAGUUCACGUCAGCCAGUAAGCAUUCCAUCGAUGACUUUUAUGACAAGAUCAAAAAGGUGGCUGCGGAAGCAAGAGAAUGCUAUGCUGAUGCAUUCGAUCUUACGGAGGAGGAGUUCACCCUAAUGUUGUUCUUCGACGGCUGCUUCGUGCUCCACUUCAUCGACUGCUAUGUCCGGGGAGAAAUGGAGGAGGUCACAAUGAGCAUUCACCUCCACGGCUUCAUCGUAAGAGACAUGUUCUUGCUCGAAAACCAGCUCCCCUUCGUCGUGCUCGAUGCCCUGAUCAGCCUGAAGCCAGUCAAGCUCGAUGAUUUUUUUCUCAAGAUCAUCGGGACGGAGCUCAAGCCAUUAUCCUCAGCCACGCGAGAUCCAUAUCACCUCCUCGACCUUCUUCGAACAAAGCUCUUGGGGACUGCGACGGGGCAGCAGCAACAACUUGGCCCAGGGCCGGAGAACUUGCACUUGUUCCGCUCGGUGAAGGAGCUUCGCGAGGUCGGGAUCAGGUUCCGGCAGAGCAAGAAAGACCACUUGAGCGCCAUCGAUUUCAAACCCUGCGCCGUGUGGGGGACGCUGUCGCUUCCAAAGAUCGUCGUCGAUGACCUGACUCGGUCGCGGUUCUUGAACAUGAUCGCCCUCGAGAUGUAUCUGGGCAGCGCGGGCGACUACGGGAUCACGUCGUUCGUGUGGUUCCUCGACUGCCUCAUCGACCGGGCGGAAGAUGUGCGGGAGCUGCGAGAGGAAGGGAUACUGCUCAACGCGCUCGGGAGCGACGAGCAGGUGGCGGAGCUCUUCAACGAGCUCGCCACCAACUUGGCGCCGGAUUACAGGGCCUACAGCGACGUGUUGAACCGGAUCAGCACGCACCGCAGUAACAAGUUUAAGGUCUCUAUUUACACGUUCCUGCACACCCAUUUCAGCAGCCCAUGGACGGCCAUUGCCUUCGUUGCUGGGGUGUUUCUUCUAAUCCUAUCAGUGAUACAGACCAUCUUCACUAUCUUUCCCCGCAGUCAAGAUAAAGGAGGUUCUUAA